CCCGUAUACAUCGGACAAAUGUAGCCUGCUCAGGAAUCAGGUAGCUACUUAGACUCACUCUGACGAGCACCGCCCCUCGCUCCCUUCGACUACACCAAUCCUUUUCUCUUUGCCGCAUAGUUACAUAUCUACAGUCUUUAGCAAACACACUACUGGCUGCCAGAUCCAAACCGUCAACUUCCAUUGUUCAACAUGGUCUCCUAUGCCAUCUUAGGCGGCACAGGAAACUGCGGGUCUGGCCUGAUUCAAAACCUACUCCGGUCGUCAGAUGCAGACAUCAACGUUUACUGCCGCAAUGAAGCCAAGUUGUACGCCAUGCUUCCAGAGACGGCCAACAACAAGCGCGUCAAGGUCUUCGCAGGCAGCAUUCAAGACGUCAAGCUCAUGGAAAAUUGCAUUCGGGGCACCAAGGCCGUUUUCAUGACCGUCACGACAAACGACAACAUCCCCGGCUGCUCCCUGAGCCAGGAUACUGCCUCGAGCGUGAUCCAGGCGCUGCAGAACAUCAGGGCCGCUUCCCCCGAUACCUUCAUGGCGCCCAAGAUGGUGCUGCUGAGCUCGGCCACAAUCGACGACCACCUCGCUCGCCAUAUGCCCUUCUGGUUCCGCCCAAUCAUGCUGACGGCGGCUUCGCACGUGUACCGCGACUUAAGGCUCGCCGAAGAGUAUCUGCGGCGCCAGGAGGACUGGGUAACAACCAUCUACAUCAAGCCGGGAGGUCUCUCGCUCGACAUCCAGCGUGGUCAUCAGCUAAACUUCGACGAGGAGGAGAGUUUCAUCAGUUAUUUGGACCUGUCGGCUGCUAUGAUUGAGGCCGCAGACGACGAGCAAGGACAGUACGAUAACAGGAAUGUUUCGGUAGUGAACAAAAAGCGCGGUCAGGGAGCCAAAUUCCCACGGGGGACGCCAAAGUGCAUCAUGGUCGGCCUUUGUCGGCAUUUCUUUCCAUUUGCUCAUAAUUGGUUGCCCAAGACGGGUCCGGCGUAGUGGACUUGUUGGAGGAUCAGCCCAUACAUGUAGUUACAACAGACAGAUAAUUGACAGAGUAGCGACGACGAUCUUUGGAAUUGGGACCAUCUAUCAUCAAGAGAGGCACCCAAGAAUAGGGCUAUGCUGCUGUUACCCCGGGCCUAUAAGUCGAUGUCGGGGUACAGGAAAAAGUACUACAGCAACACCGGGU